GAGAACAUAUAACUACCCUCGCGCUUUGUUCGAGACUUUAUAAUAAUAAUAAUAAUUGGGCAUUAAUUGCGGUUACGAUCUACUUUUGAAAUGGCAAGAGGAAGCCGCAGUCGUCCUUCAACAGCACAAGCAAGUGCUCCUGCCCCAUCCUAUGCUCCAGCCCCCGCACCAGCUCCUCCAAUGGCAGUGGCCCCUGCCGCGGUCCAGCCCAAGCAACCAGGUCUCAUGGCCCAAAUGGCCACCACAGCUGCCGGAGUGGCAGUCGGCUCGGCUGUAGGGCACGUGAUGGGCAGUGCCAUCACAGGUGCUUUCAGUGGAGGCAGCAGCAGCAGCUCGGAGCCACCCAAACCAGCACCUACAUAUCAGGAGCCCUCACGACUUCCACCCUCUCAGUCUGGCCCGUGUCUCUUUGAGGUGAGGCAGUUCCUGGACUGCGCCACGACUCAGGCUGAUCUGACCUUGUGCGAAGGCUUCAAUGAAGCUCUUAAGCAGUGCAAACUCUCACAGGGUGUAACAUCUCUGGUGUGAUGGAGAACUUGGAAGAUCUAAACACUAGAUUGAAGAUUGGUCCUCGAAAUCUCCAGCAGUUAAUGUGAAUUACUUAUUAUGUAGAUAGUUGUGAAAUACAUACCAGUACUUCUGAAUGUGAGAUCAUGUAAAUGAUGUUGUACAAUUAAAAAGCUGCUAUUUAUCUUU